AUGGCGCCAAACCAGGGUCUUGUGCAUCUCAAGGAGUAUGACAUCAAGGACAGUAAUGUCGAACUCAUUGGCACGGACAUCGACCAUCGCGUGAAGUAUAACUCCGCCUCAACCGAGCCAGCAUGGAACGACGGAAAGGUCGGCCAGACAGCAGGCCUUCACAUCUGGCGCAUCGAGGACUUUGAGGUCGUGCCCUGGCCGAAGGAGAAGUAUGGCCAAUUCAUGGAUGGCGACAGCUACAUCGUCCUCCAUUCAUACAAGGUCGGCUCCAAGGACGAUGCUGAGAAGCUCGGUCACGAGAUCUUCUUCUGGCUCGGGGCCCACACCUCGCAGGAUGAGGCCGGCACUGCAGCGUACAAGACAGUAGAGCUCGAUGAGUUCCUGCACGGAGCUGCGACACAGCAUCGUGAGGUGCAGGAGGCGCCCUCUGAUGAGUUCUUGGAGCUCUUCCCCCGUAUCCAGAUCCGCUCCGGGGGCGUCAGAUCGGGCUUUCGUCAUGUCGAGGAGGAAGAGCCCAAGGAACAGAUCCUCACGCUGCUGCGCAUCUUCAAGAACCCGUCGGUCGGCGCCAGUGGCGUUGUGGUGCACGAGGUCGAGCCAACCUGGAAGAGCCUGGACGACGGGGAUGUGUAUGUGCUGGACACAGGCGACAAGAUCUGGCAAUGGCAGGGCAAGAGCUGCAGCCCGAUGGAAAAGGCCAAGGCUGCACAGGUUGUCAACGAUAUGACUCUCGCGAAGCACAUCGAUGUCGAGGUCUUGACUCAAGAGGAGUCGAGGUCGCGCGUGAUCGUGGGGCUCCUCGGCGGCGACGACGACACGCCCCAGAGCGGCUUCAAGUGCCCCAGGCCUGUGAGGUCAGCUUCCAAGGCCCACGCUGGCGAGCGGCCCCAGAAGCUCUUCAGGCUCAGCGAUGCCUCUGGCGAUCUCAGGUUCGACCUCGUCAAGGACGGAAGCAAGGCAUCCAUGUCGGAUUUCGAUGGACAGGACGUCUUUCUCUUGGACGACGCGGGCCGCGCCGUGUGGGUGUGGGAAGGACAAGGUGCCAGCAGGGGUGAGAAGGCCAACUGGCUCAGGGUCGCGCAGGCGUACGUCCGCCAAUUGCAGGGAGGAGACGAGGCAAGCGAAGCGUAUCUCACGCCUGUGGCCAAGGUAGUCGAGGGCAACGAGAGCCGGGCGUUCUUGAAGGCCGUGCAGGCUUAA